GGCAACGUGAUAUUACUCCGUGCAACUGAAUUUAAAUGAAAUCUUUCGUGAUCCACGUCGACAAUGACAUGAAGUGUUGACAAAUUAAGGAGAACACCGGCGUUCGAACGGAGAGCUCUUGUGAAGAGUGCGAAUUGACUGAAUUCCUUGUUCGUGAAAAUGAAACUUACCAAGACGGAACUAAUGAUAUAUUAUUUAUUGUCAUGCUGUGCUAUUCACGGACUGUCUAAUGGACAGGAAAAUGCAGAAAACACAGCAGAAAACAACGCUCACUCAACACCGAUAGAGGACACAGCUCAAUUCCACAAACAAAAUCAGGAGAGAAGACAUUUACUUGCUCAUCUAGCUGACAGAAUGGAUCUGGAUGGAGAAGGUUUGAGACAUAUAAAAAAACACUUAGGGGAAGUAACUGGACAAGACCAAGAAAUAAAAGAUGUGCAAAAUGGUGACAAUUCUAAAGGUAUAUUUUAUUUCUUCAAGCUUCAUGAUUAUGAUGACAACCAAAAGCUAGAUGGCUUAGAAUGGAUGAAUGCACUGACAGAUUUUCACACAGAAGAUGAUAGCAAAGGUGAAUUCAAAGAAGGAGGGCGCAUGUUCCUUGAGCAUGAAGCAGAAGCCAUUGUAGAUGAACUUCUGAUGAAACAUGACAGAGAUGAUGAUGGUAUGAUUGAUUUUAUUGAGCUGAUGAACUCAAAAGUAAACUCAUUCAUGACAGACCUGGACAAGCCUCAGGAAGGAGAACAAGAAACCCAGGAAGAGCAAGAACAGCAACAGGAACAAUCAUCUCUAGAGCAAGAAUUUAAUCAACGACAACAAAAUCAACAGUCUUCAGAGCAUAAUCAGGCACAGGAUGAAAAUAAACCACAAGAAAACCAAGAACAGGAUCAACAACAACACCAGCCUCAACAGGAAAACCAACAGAAUGAACAACAUGAACAGGAAGACCAACAGGAGCAACAAGAAGAACAACAUCAAGAACAAAGCCAGCAAGAAUCUAAUUCUGAGGGUGUACAAGGAAAUGAAGAACAAGUCAAUCAGCAGAAUGAACCUUCUUUAGAGGAUGAAUAUAAUCAACAUCAACAACAGCAACAACAAAAAUAGCAAUUUAGGUAUUUAGAUAAUAAACAGAACUGAAAAUGAAUUCAAUAAAUUGCAAGUCUGCAGCUUUUUUCUCAUCAUGGAAAACUUUUCCAUGUCAGUGCCACAUAUUUUUUA